GCGCGCUCUGGUGAAUAUAUUUGAGUAACUCGGACGUUCUUUCUUUUAAGGUGUAUGCGAGGAACUCGCACUUCGUUGAAAAAUGAAGUUGAACGUAUCCUUUCCUGCUACAGGAUGUCAAAAAUUAUUCGAAAUUUCGGACGAGCACAAGCUCCGGAUGUUUUAUGAAAAACGCAUGGGAGCAGAGGUAGAAGCCGAUUCUCUUGGUGAUGAAUGGAAGGGAUAUGUUGUACGUAUUUCUGGUGGAAAUGACAAACAAGGCUUUCCAAUGAAGCAGGGUAUCUUGACCAAUGGUCGUGUACGAUUAUUGCUGUCAAAGGGACACUCCUGCUACAGACCCAGACGUGACGGAGAAAGAAAACGUAAAUCUGUACGUGGUUGCAUUGUCGAUGCAAAUUUGUCAGUACUUGCAUUGGUAAUUGUGAAGAAGGGAGAACAGGAAAUUCCUGGACUCACUGAUACGCAAGUUCCACGUCGUUUAGGACCAAAAAGAGCUAGUAAAAUUCGUAAGCUCUUUAAUCUUUCGAAGGAAGAUGACGUACGUCAAUUCGUCGUCAAAAGACCAGUCCAAAAAGAAGGCAAGAAGGAGCGUCUUAAGGCUCCUAAAAUUCAACGUUUGAUUACGCCUUUGACAUUACAGAGAAGAAGACAUAGGCGUGCAUUGAAAAAGAGGCGUUGCUUGGCUCGCAAAGAACAAGCUGCUGAUUAUGCUAAGUUGCUAGCUCAGAGGCAAAAAGAAGCAAAGAAUAGACGUCAAGAAGAGAUCAAACGAAGACGUAGUGCUUCAAUGCGAGACUCUAAAUCAUCUAACCAAUCUACUCCAACUGCCACGCAAAAAUGAAAAGAGAAUUAAAAUGUUUUUAAAAUAAUAAAAAAUUCUCUAUAUA